CUAACCUAGCUAACAGUUAGCAUUAAUGUAACUGACGUCGUUAUGUGCUGGUGGACAAAAUUCACCAUAGUCAAUAUGCAGUUGGACUGACAGUUUAAAUGUUAUUUCUGAUUAAUUCAUUAAUUAACUGAAGAAAAGGAAAGCUGGUGUGCAAAUGUCUUACUGGAUUUGCUGCAACUCCUGCUUUCUGUCCCCCAGUGCUGACCGCAGACUGGCUGUGACAUCCUGCGGCCAUGUAAUCUGUAGUGUUUGCUAUCAGAAAGGUAAGCAAGACAAGUGUUUAAUAUGCGAUGCCAAAUGCCAAGUAUCACCUCUCUCUGGCAAAAGCAGCUCUGAGGUGAAGGCCCUGUUCUCUGACAUCAACGUUGUGGCAAACAAACACUUAACGGAAAUCAGCAAAGUUUUAAUGUUCCAGGCAAGACAUCAAAAGAGACUGUUGACUUACUACCAGCAAAGGAAUGGGAAACUAGAGGAUGUGUUAGUCAAGAUGAAGCAAGAAAUGCAGCAGAUGACAAAGAAGCUGAAUGAACAGAAUGCCUACAUCACUAAGCUGGAAAACUCUCUUCAGCAUCAGAGUGCCAAAGCUUCAUCAGGGUGUCAGAUGAGCCACAGUUCUCAUACUCCAGGAGUACAUAAGACGGUCCUACAGAUCCCAUAUAACUCCCCAAUGUCCCUUUCAAGACACUCUUCAACUACCAAUGUCACUGAAAACAUGGAGGUGGAUGAAAGGAGUCUGUUCAGGAAGACUAACAGUAUCCCCAGACUGUCGUUAAUCAGUCCUCCACAAGAUGGACGAAUGGGCACCAUCCCUCACAGAUCAUCUAAUCAAAACAUAUUGGCCAACCACCCAGCACGCUCAGCCAUAGUCAGUCGUUUUCAGGGAACGCCGAUGACCCCAGAUAUUUCAUAUGGCCAGACUUCUGGGUGGAAGUCUCCCAUCUUCAAACCUCCGCCCUCCUUCAGACACUCGUCUAUGUCCUCCCUGGUCUGCCCCUCCUCUUUAACAAACACUCACACACACACUUAAACUGUCACAAAGCCUCUAGAGGAACUACACCUGACCACCGACGUGUUUCUAGAGGUAUUUAUGUCUCUCACGACCAAAAAUGAGUCACCAGCCUGUUCGUAUGUUGUGUUUUAACAACCUUGAAUUCACAAGUAAAAUUAAAUGUAUUCACCUUGAACCUAUACAGUGCAUUGAUAACUCAGAUUUUAUGCUGUUAAAUUGCAAGUUUAAAACAAUUAAACUGAUAAAAUAAUGAUACAA